CAGGAAUUUCAGCAGCCCAGACAACCCCACUAACAAACCGCCGAGAGAGCUCUCCCUUCUUCAAGGGAGCUCUCUUCAACCCUUUCAACGGCGCGGUUCUUCGCAGCAACCAAUCCGCCGAAACCCCAAUUGCAUCCAAGUAUGGCAUCGGCACAGCACGUCCUCCUUUCCCCGGCCGAAUUAGCGUACCUGCACUCCUCCCUCUCCCUAACACCGCCCAUCCGGCCCGAUGGCCGGACGCCCACCCAGUUCCGGCCCCUCGUUGCCGAGACGGGCAUCCUACCCGGCACCAAUGGUAGCGCGCGUAUCUGUUUUGCCGACGGCACCGAGGCGAUUGUGGGAGUGAAAGCCGAGGUGGAGAAGACAAGGUCACGACACGACGACGAGACGGUGUUUGUGGAGGGAGCCGGCGAUGACGGCGAGGAAGAGGAAACGGACGAUAUUACAAGAACGGGGGAGUCUGACUGGAUAGAACUGACGGUUGAGAUCCCCGGUCUACGAGACGACGAUUCAGCAACCGCCUUCCUCGCCGCCAUGCUGAGCGAAGCGCUGCUCGCUGAUGGGGGGCUCGUGAAAAGGUUAUGGAUCAACCGACGGUUUCACUGGAAGCUCUAUCUCGACAUAAUCCUCAUCUCGCCGCCGUUGUCGUACCCUCUCCCCCUACUCUCGCUAACAACCCACUUAGCGCUGCUCUCAACCCGGCUACCGCGUCUCAAAUCCGAGGGCGACGAAGAUCCCUUUUUCGACGACGACUGGGCCGCCGCCCCAUAUCUCUACCCCCGCCAACAGACAGCCACGCCCACAGCCAAAUCGGCACCCCGCUCCCCCGCUACCCGCCCACCCAUAACCCUCCUCGUCAUGGCCGUAGCAAACAACAUACUCUUCGACCCCUCCAAGGAGGAACUGGCCGUUGCCGACGCGGCGCUUGCGGUUUCUGUCACCUCCUCCACCCGGUCUGACGAAAAUGACGACGGCGACGGCGACGACAGCAUGGACGUAAAAGAAAAGAAGGGGAGGAACCUGCGGCUGCUGUCCAUCAGGACCGUCGACCCGCCCUCGAGGCUCACUCCGCCCGGCGUGGCAAACUCGAGUAACGCUGCGUAUGGCGUUGCGGGCAACGGCAAUGGCAAGGCGACCGAGGGCAGGACCGCGGUGGCCGAAGGGGAGGCGGUCGUUGAGGGUGUGUGGAGGGCUCCCCGGGGCGGGGCGAAGAGAGCGGUUAUGGCGGCGCUGGUGCAGAAGGCGCUUGAACGGGGUGGAGUGGUGGAUGAGGUGUUUGAUGCCUUGGAGGGGGUGGAGUUGGGUUAGGGAAAGGGGGCAGUUGAACGAGUAGAGGGCAGAGAGAGAAGGGAAGGGCGGACAAUGGGUGACGGAAGCGAUCCCUUUUUACAUUUUCAUUUGCCGUCCAUAACCAGCCAGCCUACCCUCCCUCCCGAUCCGCCCCGUCCCAGAACUGUACUGUACAAUACCUUUGCAUGUACAAAGCCCGUUGUACACGGCUAGUUAGAGCCCCAAGGUUUACCAGAUACCCAUCCAUUUC